GCAUUGUACGCAUCUACCGGUACUGUUCAGUUAUAUUAUUUUAUUGUUACAAUAAGUCACAAAACAGACUUAGUUAUCAAAAAACGCACGCGUCUCCAAAGAUUUGCUAAUUUGCCAAAAUUAUAAAUUAUUAAUUCAUUGCAUUUCACAAGCAGUUUAUUGUAGCAAAAAUCAAAGUGAAACACGGCCGAAAUUUUUCCCGAAAAUCUAUUAAUAAUACAUUUCGUGAACUUGUAAGGUUCCGGCAACAUCUUAUUGUAAUAUCUUCACUGCGACUAUAUCAGAAGACUGAUAUAUUGCAGUGGAGGUAAAACAACUUUGUGAAUAAAGAGAAUCCUGUUUUGUACCCUAAGCGACACAAUAUUAUUGUCUGUGAGUUAUCCGCUACAAUAAAGAUGGGACAGUCUUUGUUUGCCCUACUAAUUCUGUCGAUGGCGAUUAUGAGCUUUGGAGAAUUGAAAGUUAAAUAUCAAUGGAAAUAUUUAGAUUAUGAUUUUGACAGUACGGAGCAGAAGGAAAACGCAAUAAAUUCUGGUAUUUAUAACCGUUCCAAGUGCAUGUUGUACGAUGCAGACAAAGCGGAUGAUGGUAGAAUAUUCCUUACUACGCCGAAACAUAUAGGCUCUUUUUCUCCUGCUACUUUGGUGACAAUAACUAAUAAGACAGGACCAGGAGGUCCACUUCUACGUCCGUAUCCAAAUUGGAAUUCGCAUAAUAAUACGCGGUGCAAUGAUAGUAUGGCAAAUGUUAUAUAUAUACAAAUUCGGUGCAAUCACCUCUUUGCUAUGGAUAACGGCAAAAGCGACAAAGAACAACUUUGUAAUCCAAAACUAUUAAUCUUCGAUUUAAAGGACGAUAAGCUAGUUAAAAUUAUUCCCAUCCCAUCUAAUGUCGCUACUAACCAAACGGGUUUUGGAACCAUGGCAAUACCUUUCAUUUAUAUUCCUGAUGGAGAAUGCACGCGGUUUUGGGAUAAAAUGAUUAUAUUUAUAUCUGACAUGGAAGGUUCCGGUUUGGUGGUGUAUAACUUGUCCACAAAUCGUAUGUGCAGAGUUGAAUCUGAUUACAUGAAACCAACUGAUACUUUUUUCACUGUAGGAGGCUUUAAUUUUACUCAUGUAGCAAGUACUUUUGCUUUGACAAUCUUAUGCGAUGAGCUUUAUUAUGCUCCUAUGUCAGGAAAUGAAAUCUAUAAGAUAAAAAUAGAAACGCUAUUAAAAUGUCCUGAUAAAAAAAAGGCUAAUGAAGAAAGUAAACUCGCAAUUAAAUUAUCAAGCCAUACACUACCGAUAACAACAGUGGGACAGGAAAUAAUUUAUACCAGUCUUCGGGAAAUGUCUAUGCACAAAUGUUUGUAAGAACUCUAAUAAAAGUACGGUGAUUGUGCAAGAUUCUGAACAAUUGCAAUCUAUGGCUGGACUGAAAUAUUUACCUUCGUCGGAUCGGCUAAUAGUUACAUCAACUAGAUUUCCAAAUUUCGCUUUUGAUAAAUUAAAUCUAGACGAUACAAACAUCCGCUGUGCCGAAAUAGAUUUAGCAGAAGUACGGAACAACACAGACCUGUUAUCUCCAACUACUUGUGAUUUUUAAUACUUUAAUAAGUAUUUUAACAUACGUACGAUUUAUAUGUAUAUGUAAUAUAUACAUAUAUGUGUA